GCUGACACUCUCUCGGGCCUCACUUUGAACCACAGAACCACAAGUGCGGUGCAGCCUACAUCUCAAGACUGCACCUGAACCUCAACAGGUUUAUUUUUUUAAGCCAGGAUACCCCUCAGCUGGACCUCGGCUAGUUUACGUCUAACGUUGCGAAAAGUGACAAAAACAACUCUCCCCAAGGACUGAGAGUAUCAACUGGAACGGACCAUGGCAUCCAACAGCAUAUUCGAUUCAUUUCCAACCUAUCCACAGACCUUCUUGCGAGAUCCCAGCACUAGCAGGCGCUUCACUCCUCCCUCCACAACGCUGACGUCCAGCUCGGGGAAGAUGAGCGAACCGGUGUCACUGACUCAACCCAACCCGCCAGGUCUGUCACGGAUCCGGACCGAGUCCCGCACGGUGGUCGAUGUUCUGCAGGACCACGCUGGCGAACUAGUCCGAACUGACAGCCCCAACUUCCUCUGCUCGGUCCUUCCUUCACACUGGAGGUGCAACAAGACACUGCCAGUGGCGUUUAAGAUCGUGGCUCUUGGAGAUGUUCCUGAUGGAACCAUGGUCACUGUAAUGGCUGGGAACGAUGAGAAUUAUUCAGCAGAACUCCGCAACGCCUCGGCCGUCAUGAAGAACACUGUAGCCCGAUUUAACGACCUCAGAUUUGUGGGAAGAAGCGGACGAGGUAAAAGCUUCACACUGACAAUCACUGUAUUCACCAGCCCUCCUCAAGUUGCCACCUACCACAGAGCCAUUAAAGUCACAGUGGACGGACCCAGAGAGCCACGCAGGCACAGGCAAAAGCUUGAAGACCAGGCAAAACCUGGCACCAUUUUCUCAGACCGCUUGAGCGAAUUGGAACGCUAUCGGCAAACGGCAAUGAGGGUCGGUCCAUCUAAUCCCAGUCCCCGUCCUCUGAGUGUUCCCACCCACUUCAGCUCACCAACACAAUCACAGAUUCAGGGCUCCUCGGACAUCAGCCCAUUCUCGGAUCCUCGCCAGUUUGAGCGCCAGUUCCCUGGACUGUCUUCACUUACAGACUCCCGCUUCUCAGAUCCCCGCAUGCACUAUCCCGGUGCUAUGUCCGCAGCUGCCUUCACCUACUCCGCCGCUCCGUCCACCGCGGGCAUUGGUGGCAUCAGCAUGACAGGCAUGGCAGCCACAGCUCGCUACCAUACCUACUUGCCGCCACCUUAUCCUGGAUCAGCCCAGAACCAAAGUGGACCUUUCCAGACCAGCGCCUCACCGUAUCAUCUUUACUAUGGCACCUCUGCUGGAUCGUACCAAUUCUCCAUGGUUGCUGGAGGAGAACGCUCACCUACCAGAAUGUUGCCUUCCUGCACCAGUGUAUCUACUGGAAGCUCACUCAUGAAUCCCAAUUUGGCUCAUCAGAAUGAUGUUGUGGAUGCUGACGGCAGUCAAAGCAAUUCUCCAACAGCAAUGACAACCACGGGACGGAUGGAUGAGUCAGUCUGGAGGCCUUACUAGACAACCAAAGAUGUACAAGCAGCAGUAAUUGUUCAAACCAAUCCAUGAUAUCUUUCCUCUAUGCACUAUAAAGAAUUAUAGCUGUAAUAGAGGGAAUAGUGGAAUGAAAAUAUCCAAAAAUGUCCAUGUUUCAAGUAUGACUUUUGGCUAAAGGCACCUAUUGUAUAUACCUUCACUUAAGAGAUGAGCCAUCGUGGAAAAUAAUCGGCCCACCUUGCAAUGGUCAAAUGGCCAUCAGGACAGAAUGACUUCCAACCAAAGAUGACUAUCAUAACAUUUCACAAGGAACAGGCAGGUUGGCAUAGGUUGGAUAGAAUUAAUGUUUUGGCCUUUUACAACAAUCAUUUAUUGGUCGUUUGUGGUUAUGUAGCUGGCAAUGGCCGUAUGGAUACUGGAUUAUUUUCUGCUGUGGUGUGACCAUAGUAUUUCCGCACUUCUGUUUUUAAAAAAAAACUUUAUCAAAGGGACAAUAGAUGGAG